AUGCAAUUAAGAACGCAAGUGUCGCUCCUUACUUUAAUAAUAAUAACAUGCGGCCUUUCACACGUCAAUGGAAAGGAUUUAGUUUGUCAGAUAAUUGAAUCAAAUAAUUACACUUGUGAAACGCAUCAAGUGCGCACAGAGGAUGGCUAUCAACUGACGCUACAUCGCAUCCCUCCCAAAAAUCCCAACACCACAAAUCAUUUAUUGCCUUUUCUGCUAAUGCAUGGAAUAAUCGGUUCGGCUGCUGAUUUCGUGUUGCCUGGACGUUCGCGUUCACUAGGUUGUAUUCUACACGAACAGGGCUAUGAUAUUUGGUUGCCGAAUGCGCGCGGCACCACUUACUCAAAACGUCACAUUGACUUCGAUUCAUCGAUGCCACAAUUUUGGAAUUUCACUUGGCAUGAAAUUGGUUACUACGAUUUACCUGCCAUUGUUGAUUAUAUAAGCAAAGUCAGCGGCAAACAACAAUUACACUAUGUAGCGCACUCACAGGGUUCCACCGUGUUUUUAGUUUUAUUAUCGGAGAGACCGCAAUAUAAUGAACGCUUUGCUUCGGCCACACUUCUGGCUCCUGUUGCCUACCUAAAGCAUUUGCAAAGUCCUCCAUUGCGAGUAAUGGUCGCGAAAAGUGACAAAAUCGAGGCGCUCCUAAAUCAUCUGGGAUUACACGAACUUUUUCCAUCGACUGCCCUAACUCAGCUGGGCGGACAUCUGCUAUGUGGCAGCGAUGCACCUACACAAAACCUGUGCCUGCUGACUACGUUUUUGGCCGUCGGUUUCAGUGACUACGAAAUGGAUCGGGCACUCUUCCCACGAAUAUUUGAGACGACUCCGGCAGGGAUAUCACGAAAGCAGUUUCAACAUUUUUCCCAACUUAUAAUUUCAGGCAAGUUCCAACAGUUCGAUUACAAAUCGAAAGCAGAAAACUAUCGUCACUACAAGCGCAAAACUCCGCCGGAGUACAAUUUGAGGAAUGUACGUGUGCCGCUGCAGUUAUUCUAUGGCAGCCGUGAUUUACUGAUGGCGAAGCAGGAUGUUAUCUUACUAACACAACAACUCAAGAACACACAAUACACACUAAAUGAACUGCGUGGAUUCAAUCACAUCGAUUUGCUGUACUCUACGGAAGCACCACGAUUUAUAUAUAAAAAAAUUAUAAGCAAUACAAAACAAUUUUAUAGUAUGUAUUAA